AUGUCAACAACAGCACGCGACAGUAUACCGAUUGGUACAGUGUCAAUUGAAAGGGAUGUAGAAGAGAAAGAAAAGGAAAAAGAGGGGAGAAAAGAAAGAGACAGAGAAAGAGAAAAGGAUAACAGAGAAAAGUCUGCAAUCGUAGAACGAGAAGUGUUACCACAUCCAGCAGAAGAUCUAUCUGCAGACGAUGAUUUACUGUCAUGGAUUUUGGUGGAUCAAUUAGGUUGUAUGCCAAACACGAAAUUAGGUGUACAUCCUCAACAAGUCAAAUUUGUUGGUCCAACUUUCAAAACUGAUGAUGUGUUAAACAUUAUCAAAGAGACCGUUACGAAGGGAAAUCUGCAAGCUGCUAUGCAACGUCUGCAAGAAUUUCACUUGAUCAAGUCACAUCUGGAAAGUAAGAUGACAGAUUAUCAAAGAGAACGUUUUGUAUCACAUUUACGACGGUACCUUCUUCCCCUAGCCCCGAAUUCUCGAUUAGAGAUACAUCUUACUUCAAGAUAUUCCUUCAUAACGGGUCAUACCGAAUUGGCUGUUUUCGCUACUCGUCCGCUAGCUUCAGGUUUAGUCAUGCACGAAUUGCAAGGAAGCGUAGUUCCUUUACCUGAUCAAUGGAGACAAGAAAUGGAGAUCGGAGAAGAUUUUGCUGUCGAAGCCGCUGGUGAAGAAACAGAUUCCGAGAGUGAACCGGAAGAUGAUAAUGCUUCUCUUGCAUCUUCAGCGACCCAACGAGAUAGAGGGAAAGGGAAGGAAACUGAAGGUUCAAGAAAAGGUCAAAGGAGAAGUGAUAGAACGAAAAGAAGAGACUUCAGUAUCGUUUGGUCAGGCUUGAAAAGAUGUUAUCAGCUUUUCCUAGGCCCUGCAAGAUUCUUGAAUCAUGAUUGUAACCCGAAUGUGGAAUUGCUGAGACAAGGCAAACAUGUCACCUUUCGUGUGACAAAGCCCAUCAGAGUAGGGGAUGAGCUGACAACAUUUUACGGCGAGAAUUACUUCGGUCGGGGAAAUAUAGAAUGCCUCUGUCUUACCUGCGAGCAAACCUGUGCGGGCGGCUUCACACCAGUGUCUACUUCAGCCUCUGUUCGAAACUCCAGAUCAAAAUCAAGAGAUUCAUCUGCUGGACCGUCUCGACGAGCUACUUCAGCAGAUAUGAGAGAAUCUGCGGCUCGCGAAAUAAAAAAUGUGGGACCUAGUUCGUUGCGAAACGUCGUGAACGGUGUCAAAGCAGAAGAGUCAGACGACGAGCAAUCAAUAAUCACUGGAGUUCCCAGUCUUUCCCUACUUUCGGAUAAAGGUAUAGAUGGCGAAGAAAGUAAAUCAUCAAUAUCUGUUAGGGAAGAAACUGCGUCAGAAUCCUUACUUGCAACACCGACUAAGCGAUCUGUACCUCCCCUGAAAAAGCUGCAUCUCCUCGCAUCACCUACGACAGAUAGUGCCGCUUCAGAACCUGAUUCUCCCAUCGAUCCUCCACCUAGAAGAGAGAGGGUCAUUCGAAAAGUCGUACAGAAUAUCAAACCUUGGUCUUUCCUACAAAGACCGAAAAAGAUCAAGAAAGGAGAACCUUCAGAAGUUGAUGAUGAAAGCACUGAAGCAGCCGAUGAUUUACCUAGUGACUUCCCCAGAUGUGCUUCUUGUGCUAAACCGCUCACCGAACAGAUAUGGUUUAAUGGCAGGUAUUUCGAACACUGUGCCAGAUGUGUUCGACACGCACUGAUCUUCGAAUUACCUUGGCCAGCACAUAAACCUCAGGAUGUACAAGAAUACCCACCUGUUCAUCUGAUUCCACCUGGUUACAUACCCCGCAAGAUAUCAACUAUACCGUUACCUACACUAAAUAAACAAGCUAAAUUCAUCAAGCCAACUGAAUUGCCUGUAUCGCCAGCAAAUGAAAGCAAACCCAUGAGAAGAGCACGUAGAUUACGUGAUCAGAUCGCAGCGGAGGAAUUCUUCGUGGAAUCUUUACGAGAAGCAGCUUGGUCAGCUCAAGAAGCAAAAGAAGCUGCAAUUGAAGCUAAAGAGGCUGCCAUAAAGGCUCAGAGAGAAGCUAAGGAAGAAGAAAGAAUGAGAAGAGCUGAAGAAAAGAGAAAGAGGGAUGAGAAGAACAUCAAAGGCACCGGAGUCUGGAGCAGAUAUGCUUAUCUGACUGAAGAGGAGGUAAAGAGGAGAGAAGCGGAGAGAAACCAGAUUACAUCUGGUACAAGAAGAGGAGGUAGAUUCAGAGCUUCAAAAGAAGAUGAAGAGAUGAAGAAAAUGGCAGAAGAGAAACUUCGUGAAGAAGAAAGAGAAAGAAGAAUCGCAGAGGGCCUUCGAUCUGAAUCUGACCCUGAAGAUGGCGCCGAAGCUGAAGAUGAAGGCGAGAUUGCAGACGCAGACACAUCAUCUGGGACAAGUACCAUCAUCGUAGUAGAUCCUCGAUCACUCAUCAGACUUGGGAAAUACCCUGCAAAACAGGAGAAUGGAAUGGUAGAGGAUGACGAUGAAAUGGAAGUCGCUGCUGCUCCCGAAUUAUCGAUGAUCCAGUCACCCAAAAAGCUCUCAUCACCAUCGAUUAGCUCAAUUUCCAAAGCAAAACCACUCGCCCCUUCGACAAAGACGCUUCUCACUUCAGCCCCUCUUCGAUCCAUCGCACCCAAACCAUCAAAUGGUACAAUCGUAACACCCGCGGCAGGUGGAAUGGGUUAUCGAAGAAUUUCCAAAACAUUUAACGUAUCAUCUAUCAUUGAUAUGACUAUGGAUUCGGAUGAUGACGCGUCGUCCACCACGUCUGCAGGAUUCAAGAGAAGGCAGGGUCGACCGCUUGGUUCAGGUAAACACCAGAAAGCUGCUGCUAAGAAGUUGGCUAAGCAACAAGCAUCGUCAGAUCCAUCGGCGUCCAGAAGCGUAUCGCCAAUCAAAAUCGCACAUAGUCACAGUCACAGUCACAUAGUAAUCCCUGCCGGUCGUACUAAUGGUGAAAAGGCUAAAUUCAACCUCAAGACGGCAUCAGCAACAUCUCACUAUGGAUCCUCAGUCAUCGAAAUUCCUGAUUCACCCGUUCUCUCGCAUCAUAAAGUCUCCGCAGCUCGAUCACCUGAAUCUGCAAAGACUAUGAAUACGAACGGAAGAUCAGCUGAACUAACUCACAAAUCCACUCCUUCUUCGUCUUCAUCCGUAUAUAGAAAACUAAGUUCUGGGAGUGUCCACUGCACACCAUCCGGAGCAAGAUUCCCAAAUGGAUCAGGAUCAUCCUCGGUCGAUGCAGCCGAAGUAACCCUCGAUAUCAAAGGCAGCAGAAUCGCGAAUGGAAGAGAAUCACCCGCGGAUAAAAAAGGACCAAGAUUGAUACUCAAGGUACAGGAGACUGUUAAAGGCAAAGAGAGGGAGAGGUCGAUGUCAAACGGUCAUGUCACCAUGUCGAAUGGAACUGGACACGUCAAGCCUCUCUCAAAUGGUCAUUCCAGUGUGAUCAAUGCACCUAUAGAAAUCGUCAAGCCUUUCUCCAAUGGAAACGGAAUUAUAAAUGGAAAUGAGCAAAAGCGAAAACGAAUAUCGGACGUUAGUGAAGCAUCAACUUCAUCCCCUUCAUCUCAUCCUCCAGAAAAGAAGAAGCGUGUCUUCUUCCCACCCUUGAUAUCCGUAGCUGUACCAAUCCUGAGCCCCAAUGCUCCUAUUCCCACAACCAAGCAUUCGUUCCGCAAGUGA